GCAUGCGCACUAGGGUUAUAUCUGUCAGUGCAGGAAGUGUGUUGAAUUGUCAGGAGCAGUAAGAUGGAUAGUGGGGAUUCUCCUGCUCAGCGGCCAGUCACGUUGGACAUCACAGUGGAAGACGUAACCAAGGAAGCCCCGGACCCUCCGGAGCCAAUCACCAGCCGGACACCCUCCAGAGACCUUGUUCCCCAGGCAGACAGCAUCGACUUGAGCAGGGAGUUUGUUACCCCCCAGGAGGACAGCAGUGCUACACCCUCAGAGAGCCUGAUGGACAAGCUCAACGACCAGAUGAUGGAGAGCGUCAUGAUUUCUGACUCACCUAAUAACAGUGAGGAGGAUGACGUAGCUCCCAUGGAAUCCUUUCUGGAUGGAGUCGAGGAGGAAGAGGAUUCACUGCAGACAUCAGGCGACAAAGAGCAACAAAGUGAAAUCGGACAGAAUACAACUGAGAUUACAUUUUCACUGGAGGAACAUGAGCAAGGUGGUUCUAUGGAGAAAGCAGAUGAGGACACAAAGGAGCAGGCAGACGCACAAGAGCAAGUCAUAGCCUGUGUUUCACUUCAAGGUGAUGCACAGAGCCCAUCUGAUCUUCACAGGGGGGAACCAGCACCACAAGAAGCUAAAGGGACGAGCCCAAAAGACCACCCUGUGCCGGUGUGCACUAUAUUCAGCCAGGGCAACCAGCUGAAAUCUCUUGUGCCUGAUGGCUUCCAGCCCACCCUCAUCAAGUCCCCCAGCUUCAGCAUGGGGAGUGGUGGAGGAGGCAGUGAGGCAGUGACCCCCAGCAAGCUGACAGCCCCCCUCGUGUGUCAGCCCAGCCCCAGCCUCAGUAAGUUCUUUACUGACAAUGGACAGGUCAACCCAGCCUCCGACUUCUUCGAUUCCUUUACCGUCCCCUCCUCCUUCAUCUCAGUUUCAAACCCAAAUGCUGAGAUCCCUCCCGGCCCAGUAGCCAUAGCCCACACCCCUGAGCGCCAGCUCUCUUCGACCUCCUCCACCAUCUCCACCCCUGGUGGACCUCUGGACUCUGGUGCUCCCACCCCUAGUUCAGUGUUUGGCCCUGCCCCUACGGAAUCUACCACCAAAGCCCAACUUCCUCCACCCCAGGCAGCUCCAGCUCCAACUCAAGCCGCCGCCCCGGCCACUCAGCCGCAGCCCUUCAACCAGCUCCAGGCCGUGUUCUCGGGCAGCGAUGACCCAUUUGCGACAGCGCUGAGCCUGAGUGAGGUAGACAGGCGCCAUGAUGCCUGGCUGCCAUCUGAGGAGACCAGGAAGGUGUUGAUCUCUGUGGCCACCCAGCAGUACAGCCCAGCCUACGUAGAGACCAACAGACUCACCAUGCCUGGACUCAAGUUCGACAACCUUCAGGGUGACGCCGUCAAAGACUUGAUGCUUCGUUUCCUGGGAGAACCGGCAGCGAUGAAGCGCCAGGUCCUCACCGCCAACUCUGUGGAACAGUCCUUCACAGGCCUCAAACGUCUCAUCGUAAGUCACUCACUGCACCACCUGUGCAUGACUACCGCUAGUUCCUUCAUGUUCACCUCUGAGGCCCAGAGCAUCAUUAACUGUGCCUUCGUUGUUGUAGCAUCAUUUAGCUUUGGUGCUCAUUUUUGCUCAUUUAUUUUUUCAUGAUUUGCAUGCAGUUGGAACAACCUAGCAGAUUGAUAGUUCACUCCUGACCCUGGAAACUGCUGUUGACAAAACCACCUCCUCUCAAGGUCCACUUCUGAGCUUGUGCCAGAGCUUUAAAGGUGCUUAAUAAGAGAUUAGAGGCAUUUUCAUUGCCUUCCUACGGCUCUAGCUGGCUGAGCCGCCGGCUCGCAGCUAACCGUGCCAACAACAGCACUGGCAGAGCUAACGGUGUUUACCUAUUAGGGGACCCAGAGGGUUGGUUGCUACAGCCCCACUGCCGGUCUGGACACCGUUCUCAGCAUUAAUGCUGUAUGAUAGCAAUACAGAGCGAGGGCCGCGAGCUGAACCUGAUCUCACGGUGUGCAUCAGCACAUGAGUUUUGCUUGGUUGUCAUGUUCAGUGUUUUCACUUUUCUCAACCUUUACAGUUUCGUGACAACUGAGCUUUCUUCAUCUCCUCAUGAGGAAAGUGUAAUAUGGUUGAAAACUCCACAACAAGUGUGUGUUUUGUCGACAGCAUGUUUAAGGCAAAUCGUAUGUAUGAGAGAAAUUGAAUACAACAUGCAACUUAGUGCAAUUCACAAAAACAAUAAAUUUGCAAAACAAAUGCAGUUAUCCACGACAACAAUGACAAUAUUCCCCAGGAACAACGCACAGAUAUUUCCACAUGCUUUUAUUCUAUUCACUGAGACAAAAUUAAUGCUGGUCCCAAAACAUUGAAAUGAUCAGUCGAGGAGCCCUCGAAUCAGACCUCAUGCCGUCUUCAGCCAUUUUUUUACCGCUGCCUCUUUGAACACAGAGCGUGGCAGGGUACACAUUUUGACAAACUUGAUCUGGCCUCGAAUUCUUUCCUAAUCUUAAACCUGCUACAACACUGUUUCAACAGCGCUGUCAGCAACAGAGCAGUAACUGCUCUGUUAUUGUUUGCAGUUACUUUGUUUCGACUUAUCUAUCACUGAGCUACUGUAUGACCAGCAUGCCCACUUUGUUUUUUCUUUUACUGUAUACAAAGAUGGUUAUUGUCAAUGUUUGGACAUUAAGGGCACUAAACUGUUAUGGUGAAACUCCUUUCAUGACAUGAAGGCCUUACUAGGAGUCUAGUGUGGGGUGGCUGCUGUGCAGGUGACUCAGAUCGAAAUUGGGGCCAAAAAGAAAAACUUGAUUGGCACACUGGUAAAGAUAAUGCGGAGUAUUGUUUUAGUGCAGCAGCUGCUUUCAGAGAACAUUUCUUCUCUUUCUAGAGGUAAACGACAAAUCCAGCAUUUGGUUACUACAGUUUAACAUCCUGUGGUUUCGGCAGCAUGCGUGACCUUUUGGCAGUUGGCCGGUACAGUUACCGUCUCUAGUGAAACUGCCGGGUGGUGAGGCCUCAGCCGACUGAAAACAGUGAAUCAUUCGUCUCCUUUUCUCCUCAUGUUCCGUUCCUCCUAUUCUUUUGUCAAGCAUAAAGAGGCCCGUCUUUCUCUGUGACUGUGCAGUCCCGCCUCAUUCCCUUUCUAGCUGCCAUCUAUCUAUCUAUCUCUCCAGCCCUCAUGCGCUCCCUCCAUCAUAACUUCUAACCCACAAAUGACCCUGAGAGACAGUUGUUAUUUAAAACAUAUGCACAGCAGACAGUGUGAUGGAGGGAGGGGGAAAGAGGAGAGGAGUGGAGCGAUGGAGAGGUGGGGAUCCACUCGGCUCACAAGUUCUUUUCUCCUGCUGUGCCCAUGUAUUAUGCAUGGGACUACUGUGCAUAUUUCAAGGGCCUUCUGGACUGCGCGUGCUUGUGCGUGCGUGCGUGCGUGCGUGCGUGCGUGUGUGUCAGUGGAUCAUACGCGGUCUGCCAAUUGGUGUGGGUGGCUCCCUGAAGCAAGAUGCAGCAAGAAAGGAGCGAGACAGUGAGCCAGAGAGGUAACGCAGGCCUACAAGAGGGAUGUCAAGUAGUGACGAGCACAGACGGAAAGAGAAGGCAGCGUUCUGUGCGUGAGACAUGUGGAGGCAGAGGAGGGCUUCAGCUGGCCCCGAGCGCACACGCUCACAUUUGACUUUGGGAAUGUGGAGAGAGCUACCGUGGGUUCGGGUCCCUACACGCGUCUGAUUAGAUUUCUUGAUUGACUUCUUGAUUGUUCGUAUUAAAUGAAACAUUAAUGUCGGCGUCUUGUGUACAACACUAGAUGACAAAAAAAGCAAAGUCUUUUGACAUUUGCUCAAGGGUCCUCUGGUUAGCAACAACAACAAGCUGUCAUUUCUCCUCCAACUCCAGGUAGAAAUAUGCAUUUACUGUAUAUAUAAUGCGUACCCAAAUCACAGGGCGGAUACGUGCAUUAUUUUUGCUCUGUGCUCUCGGAGAGCCCCCCUCUCGUUAUUAUAUACUUUGGUUUAUUACCAAAUGUUUCCAAACCUAAUGACAUUCCCACCAGCCUCAAAUGUGCUCUGUGUUUACUGCUAAUUAGCAAAUGUUAGUAGCGUACCAACACGCUGAAAUAAGAUAGUGAACAUGACAAAUGAUACCUACUAAACAUCAGCAUGUUAGCAUUGUCAUUGUUAACACGCUGUCUGUGGUAUUCAUCUUAAAGCACAGCUGUACCUACAGUAUAUGCACAGGGUCACAGAACAUCUAGCUUGGCUGUCAAAAAGUCAAAAGUAGCUGUUGGCUGCUAAACGUACCACAUUUUCAAGUUCCUAUUAUCAGAGUCAUGUCAUGAAGAAACACAGGACUACAGUUUUCUCUUUGCAUUCUUACAUGCUCAUCUGUGAUGUCUUAUGUUUCCUUCUUAAUAGCAUUACAAAUAUGUGGAAAAGGCCUUUUACCUUGAUGAAUAUUUAGCCACCAUGAUAUAUUCCACUUCAUGCCUCUUAUUGCAAAUCAGCACAUGAGCCAUUAGGCAUCACCAAAGCGAGGAAACCCAGUGUAAUGUGAUACCGGGAGUCCAAUGAACAGAAUGGGCUACAGAGCAGCUCUCCAGAGUCUAAUUCAACUACACUCAAUACAGCUGGUGAUCGGGACUUGAACCCAGGGUCUUUAGCCGAACGAUAACAUCUCUGCUCACUGCAUCACCUAGCAUGGAGCCAACAAAUCCUGCUCCCUAAUAAGGAGCUCUGUUUGCUCUUGAUUAAGGAUGCUCCACUGUCUGACUAGAACAAAUGUACAUAUACAACAUGAUGCUGUUGCUGACAUUUAAACAUUCAACAUUGUGUUUUCCCUGAUACAGACAGAGCGUUGUUUGUAGUAGGGAUGUUAAUAAUGUAUCGUUUGACCGACAAUACGAAUUUUGACAGAUUGAUGCUCUCAGUUACACAUGAAAGAAAUAUUGAAAAUUAAAAGAAUUAGAGGAAAAACUCAGAGCAGAGCAGCUUGCUGUUUAAAGGGGAACAGCUGGUCCACCUUAUAGGUCAGCCCACCGACUGUGCCUCAGUGGUAGAGUGGCUCGUCCUUCAAUCAGAAGAUCCAGUACGCGUACGCUGGUACAUGUCGAUUUGUCCUUUGGGAAGACUCUUACCCCAAAUUUUCACACAUGUCGGAGGCUGUGCCUGCAGUGUAUGAAUGAUUAGAAUGAUGGGCAGGUGGCCCCGUGCAUGGUAGCAUCAGUGUAUGAAUGGGUGUGCAUGGGUGAAUGACAGGUAGUGUGACAGCGCUUUGAGUACAAGUCCAUUUACCAUUCAUAGCGAUUGUAUAGGAGCACAGUAUCAGGGCCCCGGUGCAUCCCUAGUCCCCCACGUAACCACUUUGCAGACAUAAUAAUCAUUGACUGAGUCGCUCCCACUGAGGAAGUGAAUCAGAUGCCAUCUGCCCUCUCAAUCUACUGCCAUACCCACUUGAAUUCAUAUGAUUUACUUCUCAAUAACUUCUGAAAUAUCCAAACUUCUGAGAUCAAACAAACUCACAGAUCAAAGUUGUCUGAGGGGGAAUGCAUCUCGGUAGUGUUACGUAUGGUUCUAUGUCCUGCUGUGAAUGUUUGUGCUUGGGUGUAUGUGUGCAUGUGUGUGUAUUCUGUGUCUUUUGACUUCUAGGUGCAGCUCCCUAACGAGUGAUUGAGGGCACCUGGAUGAGGAUGUGGUUUACCUAUAUAAGCGCCUCCUUGCUCCGCCCUCGCUCUCUCUCGUCUGCCUGGCACCAGACCUUGGUCUGCAGUGGGAUUUGCACACUACAGUUUACUUGUGUCCUGUAAAUAAACUGGCAGCUGUGGUUGUUUUUAACCUAACUUGGUGUUGUGUCCCUCCUAUAUGUUGCGACUCCCAAGCCGGUCGUAACAGUAGGCUGGGAGGGGAAGUUGAAAUGAGGAUGUGCACAAGCAGAAUACACAUGUGCACGAACACUUGGUCACGUAUACACAGAGAAGUGGGUGUGUCAGUAAGCAUGUGACCACCAAAAGUACGUGUGCAUGUUUUAAACCCAUUUUAUGUUUGUCGUCAGCUUUUUAUCAUCCUCAGUGUAAGGCCCUUUGCUUGGGUGAAGGUAAUGGGGGUGCGUGCGUGCGUACGUAGGUGUGGUAGAGCUCUGCUAUGAGCUGGCAGAAUGAGUCAUGCUGCAGAACCAGAGUGCGACUGCCAGUCACACUCCCUGUCCUUACAUCCAUACACACACGUGCACAAAUGAACAUUGAUUACACUCACAGCACACGAGAGACUUGUAACUUAAGUCAAGAGUAACUUAACCCCCGAACCAGCUGAAAACCAAUGUCUAUGGUAUUAAGAGUUGUUGUUGAUGGAUUCAGGUCUAGGUCUACAUAUGGUGUUAUAUGCAUUGCGGCUGCCCUCUACAGGCUGAUCUGGAGGCAGGUGACAUAUAUGGAGCCAGUUGUCCUCAUCAGCCACCCCCCGCCCCACCCCCUCCUAUUAAACCAACGUUCUCUGGCUCUGUAGACUGUGGCGAGGAGUAUUAGUAAAGAGUAGCUUUUAAACUCUCAAUUAAAUUGAAUCUCUUUAGCUAAUAACAGGCGCUAGUGCUAAUCGCUAGCACACACAAAUCCCAGCAUUGCCUGAGCCGAAGUUGUCGCUGACUUCAUUUUAAUCAGCAGGUGGCAAGCACGACACAGGAGCUUGGUCUUGAGGAGUUGUAGCAUUUAUUUUCUCUCUCUCUCGCUCUCACUCACUCAACCGCACACUCGCUAACGGGAUGCAGUGAGUUGUUCCUUGAAGGAGUUUGUAGGCCUCUGUCAUUUUAGAGGGCUUGAAAACAAAUGAUAUAUGUAUCUUAAAAAUAUAUGUAUUCUUUAAUUCCCCCAAAGCAGGGAGUUGACCAGCGGCUUUCUCCAGAACGUGUAAGAAUUUUUUUUUUUUCUCUACUCUCCUCAUUGGUGGAUCGUCUCCAUAAUUUGCUCUUAUUUAGCAACUGGCGACUGUUAACUUUGGAUCUUGAGCCCAAGUUAGCAUCUUGACACUUGACAUUGUGUGUUUUUGUCCAACCAACCAUCACAAAACCCCAAAUAUAUUCAAUUAACAAAGAUACAGAAUAGUGAAGGGCAGAAGAAGUCUUCACAUUUGAGACCAGAUCAUUUUUGGUAUUUUUUACCAAAGUCAAAAUAGAAUGGGAAGGGAGCUGUCAAAUGAAGAAAAGUGAGAAAAAUAUGUUUAAUGAGCGCAAAAUUACAGGUACUCAAUGGCAUGAAGAACACCUAUGAAAUAGGCUUAGAUCUGCAGCUUCAGGUUUGGCGCCCUGACACAUUUAUGCGGACAUAAAAUAGUUAACAAUCACAUUAUCGCCUUGACUCAUCGGCUUCCAAUCCUUGUUUUUCCUGAUCCUAUCCUGUGACCCGCAUAUCCAACACAAUCCCCAUUGGGGUUUUGCACAUUUUUGAUUUUUUUGCAUUUGAUAAAUAAUUUGCAAGAUGGGGCCAUAUUUCACUCCUGGCCCACUUUUUACAUGGACUGGUUCAAACUGAUUUUCAGAUGUUUCACUCUGUUUAAAUGACUUUAAGGUUCUAACUUGUAUCUAUUUUAGAAGACGUUUGCUUUGGAGGUCGGAUGUGAAGAGGACUGAGUCUGCUUGGCUGUCCUGGCCUCCCCUCUACUCCCCCCCCCCCCCCGUCUUUCCCAUGACCUCUGUGGCGUGGUCAGCAGAGUGGGCCGGUCUCUGGCUCAGCACCACCCUGGGCUGGCCUCAUCUGUCUCUCUCAUUAGCAGUCACCCCUCUUCUCUACUCCUCU